AAGACAACUGUAGUCGACUGCACGAUGAGCAUCAGCCACCAUGUGAACACCACCAUCAGGUCUGUGGACAACCACAGCACGGCCGUCAAUGCCAGUGCCGACGAUAACCGCAACACAUCUCUAGCUGUCAUCGAGGUGGCUGUCAUGGCAACAGUGCUGACGCUGGCCGUCUUCGGCAACCUGAUGGUGGUGCUGUCCCUGACGAUGAAGACUCGCAAGAUGUCGCGAAUGCACCUGAUGCUGAUGCACCUGAGUCUCGCGGACCUCUUCGUGGCCUUCUUCAACGUCCUGCCGCAGAUGAUGUGGGACAUCACCUUCCGCUUCCAAGGCGGGCCCUUCCUGUGCGGCGCCGUCAAGUACCUGCAGCUGGUGGCCAUGUACGCCUCGUCCUACGUGCUGCUGUCGACGGCCAUUGACCGCUACGUGGCCAUCUGUCAUCCCUUCGUCAGCCAGAAGUGGACCUCACUGCAGGCUCACCUGCUCGUCCUCGCGGCCUGGCUGGCCUCCUUGGUCUUCAGCAUCCCGCAGGUCUUCAUCUUCUCGCUCACCGAGGUGAGUGAGGGUCAAGGGGUGUACGACUGUUGGGAUAAAUUCGACCCGCCGUGGACCCUGAAGCUGUACAUCACGUGGAACACGGUGUCCGUCUUCAUUGUUCCAACCCUCAUCCUGGCUGUCCUGUACGGACAGAUCAGCUUCGCCGUGUGGAGGAGCAGCAAGAUGGUCGAAAAACUCGUCCCCUACUCCUCCAAGCAGUCAGUGACCUCAUCCUCGUCCAACUGUCACCACGCGACCCUUCUCCACCAAGGUCCAAGAGAAAGCUGUCAGCAGGACCUGCACAGGCACUGCGCGGCCAAGACAACGGAAGUGACGUCAGAGCCUGCGCACUCAUCUGCGGGCCACCCUGAUUGCACCCGUCGCUUUCGUUCCCCAAACGGUUUGGUUCACACGCCCCCACUGGGAGGAUUUGCGAGGUCAGGAAAGGAGGAAGAGGACAAGAGAGAGGAGAGUGGGAGGCCCUUCGCCAAGUCCAGCGCCCGCAGGGUGGCGCUGCUCAACUGGCGUCUGCGCCGCGAGGGUCCUUGUACACAACAGUCGCCAGGCAACGAAGAGCGCGUCACCGAGGGGAUGUCGGGAUCGAGGGCCAAGAUCAAGACCAUCAAGCUCACCCUCACCGUCAUCAUCUGCUACCUGCUGUGCUGGGCCCCCUUCUACGUGGCGCAGGUGUGGGCCGCGUACGACGACAGCGCUCCGUUUGAAGGCAACGUGUUCGUCAUCGUUCUCCUCCUGGCCAACCUCAACAGCUGCACCAACCCCUGGAUCUACAUGGUCUUCAGUGACACCAUCUGCAAGGGCUUUAAGGACCUCUUCAACUCCCUCCUCGACCACGUGACCAUCGCGUGCUGCUGUUGCCGUGGGGACGGCGUCAUGUCCGGCGGACAGCGUCAUCAGUACAACAUGCACGCGCGUGCCGGCAACAGUCAGUGGGAGACUGAGUGCACGUGCAGCGCCACUGAAGCGUGACGUCACAGACUGCGGUCCGUUUGAGUGGUUCAUUGUGGUCAUCGUCACAAGUGAAGCGAAACAACAUGGCGACCAGACACGUCAUCACUUGAAAGUGUUCAUCGCAGUGUCAGCAUUAAUGUUUGCUUUCAAAGGUCAAAGGGCAAAUCCUAACUCAAGCUCCUGCAUGGUGGUCGGUGGCAUACAGUUGGAAGGUUGGAUUGUGAACUAACUUUCCGUCAGCAGAUCUCGAAGACUGGGAGAGAAUGAGAAAGUGCGAGAGGAGGAGAUGAGAUAUUCAUGCGACCCCAAAUAGAUAAUGGACUUUUUUCAGCCAGCGAUAUCUUUUGUCGAAAAACUUUCAACGAUGACUAUCAUUAUAAUAAGAACAAUGAUGAAAGGUGUGUGAAAGAGAGGAUGGAGUGGAAGCGGAUAAAGAGAGAAGGAGAUAUAAAGAAGAAACUAAAGGAAAGAAGACAAAACUAAUUCAGAAAGUGUGAAGUCCACCCAAAAUCCUGGUUGGUAAUGAUACAGAGAUCACGAGGUCGAGAGGGGAAGCAGAUACCUGUUCUGACUGGCGGAGGGAGUGGAGGCAAGAACAUUCUCUCCACCUGACUGAACUCAGAACUGGGAGGUCCCUACUUUACUCAUUAUCUUCCUCUUUAUCUCUGACGAUCCGCAGGUCUCGCGUGAAUAAGACAAUAGCUAAAACUCAAACUUCUAGAAAUCGUUUAAUUAGUAUUUUACAUUAAUUCUGUCUGUUAUGUCUUGUUUAGGAUUUUACUACGCAAUAAUAAUGCUAAAUGGGAAAUAAAACGUAGA